CUAAGAAUGCGCAGUAAAUAUACGUUAUAGAUAGAAAAGAGGUAAGAAACGGAAACUUUUUGAAAUAAACAAAGGGUGAGGGAAUAAAAGCAACGAUUAUGGUAGAUAUAAAACAAUCACGCGCAGCGCACAUUAAUAAACACAUCAACCUCCUGCACUUAUUUAAAUCAAAUAAAUAACGAUUAUACAAUUAUUUAUUUUCCUCGAGAAACAUGUUUAGAACUCGACAUAUAUAUAAAUAACAUCACACGGCUCAUUAGUUUCAUGCAUCAGUUAUAACACAAUCCAUACUAUAACAAAAACGAAAACUUUAUGGCCAAGCUCAUUUUCUUCCUCGCAGUCCAAAUCCUCCUCCUCUCCGUCGUUUCUUCGACCAGAGAUGAUGGAGAAAACUUUGCAAGAACCAUAGAUCGGAAACUUCUAGGUCUUCGUAGGAAAGAGAAGCUAGCCCAUUUCAAGGUCUAUUGGCACGACAUGAUAAGCGGUCCAAAUCCAACGUCCAUCAUUAUCCAGCCACCAGUUAAGAAGUACUCUACUACCUACUUUGGAGGAAUCUUUAUGAUCGAUAACGCUUUGACGGCGAAAGUUUCGAGGAACUCCACGUUAAUUGGCAAGGCACAAGGUUUUUACGCUGGAGCGGCCCAAAAAGAGUUGGGUUUAAUAAUGGCGAUGAAUUUUGUUUUUAAGACAGGGAAGUACAACGGGAGCACGAUCACAAUCCUUGGUCGGAACUCGGCGAUGUCGGAGGUUAGAGAAAUGCCGAUCGUGGGAGGAAGUGGGCUUUUCCGCUUUGCUAGAGGCUAUGUUGAGGCGCGAACAAAGUGGACUCGUAACCUCGAUGCCACAGUUGAGUAUAGUUGUUAUGUUCUGCAUUAUUGAUGUGUUCAUGAUGUUUUAUAUUUUGAUUUGACGGCGUAAUAAUAAAACAAGAUUUUAAUAUAUUAUGUUUUUGUUUAAUUUGCAUUUGGCUUAUGGUGUGUGUGUGGCGGAUUUGUUGUAGUGAUUAUGUCGUUUGUUAAAUUAAUAAUAUUGAUAGUUGUUUUCUUUCGA